UUUUCGGGGAACAAAACCAAACCGAAAGGUUUCCUUGCGCUGCUUCUUUUGGCUUUCAAAAGAUUUGCUCCCCCGCGGAGGAUUAUUAGGCCGGCGGCUAGCUUUCGUUGUUGUUUUGUGCGGCGGACGGAGGCCGAAUGCAACUGAGCUAUCGCCAUUAAAACGGCGGAAAACAACAAGAACAAGAGCAAGCGCAAUGGACGCCUUUCCCUUCUCCUCCUCGUCGUUGUUGUUGUUUUGUGGCUGCGCCUUGUCACCUAGCCUCUUCCAUCAUUUGAAUGCAAUGGAGACAGAAUUUAAUCGCGAUUUGUUAGCAUUUAGCACGCGUGGGAGCCCGUCUAAUUCCUGGUCACGAUGGCUGCAAAUGGCACUUAUGUAACAAGUCAUUUGUCACUUUUGAAAUCAACACACACACGAUGACACGUCGGUUUGUGCGGUCCACUCGUGUGUCGGUUCAUCGCGUGGAACGGAGACUUUUGCUGGCAGGGUACACGCCCCCCAACACACGCACGCAAGAGCAGGCGCGCGCGCGCGCGAGCCAUGCUAGAACAUUCCCUCCAGCAUUCGCUCGCUUUGUUUUCUAGUCAAGUUAAAAACAAACACGCGGAAAGGAUUUUUGAGGACACUUGUUAUUUGUGGACUCGAAUUUUGACGUCACGUGACUUCCAAUGUUUAUGAAAGAACACUUUGUACACUCCACAUUGAAGACAUUGCGCAGUUAGUUGGCGUUCGAAAGUUGAGUUUGUUUCGGUGUGUGAACGCUGUCGAGGUUUUGUGCGCUUGUAGCCAAGGAAACGUGGGAAAUGUUUGAAUGUGGGCCGACGCCGCGCAGGCCUUCAACUUGUUUAUCUGCAGCCUCAACCAACCUUGAGCGCGGGCGAGCUCGCUGACGUUAUCUUCGGCCAAUCGUGGGAGCGCGGAGGCGGGCCGCCACCGCCCCUCGACCAAUGGGAAGGCAGGAUUACGUGGGUGUUGGCGCUGCCGAGUUAGGUGACGCUUUGUUUUGCUUAGUUGAUGAUCUGAGCACAGGAUGCUCCAAAUGAGCUUUGCUACAGUUUGAUUUUUGAAAUAUCUUGCGUUUGAAAGGAUUUACGUCUUCGUUGUUGUUAUGAUGUGGAAUUGGAGGCUUUAAUUCCAUAACAACACUGAAAUUAGGAUGUUUAUUAUUGGGUGCAUAUUUGGUCGAGCAACGUGGGAAGUCGCUUUGCAUUCUGCGUUUGCUGCGUUGUUCCAUGCAAUUACUGAUCCUCCGCCAAUUGAGCGUCUGUCGUCGUACUCGAGCGGCUCCAACUACCGGAGACAAAUUCCUUGUGUGUUUUUUGGACAUACUUGGCAAAUGAUAAAUGAACCCCUUAAGAGCUUGUGUAACCCUUUUCAUGCACUCAUCAGUAGGCGAAAGAGCGCUACAUUUGAAAAUGGUCAGUGAUAACAUUAUCAACAAUCCCGACGUUGUUCGAGGAGUGAACCCGUGUUUAUCGCGUGGAAUAUGUUCCGGUCAUCAUCUGUUCAUAAAGUCAACAUUUAAAAAACAAAAUUCAAUCAUUUUCCCUCUCGCAUAUGUUUCAACAAACGCACAAAAACUCAUUUGAAGAGUUCGUUUGUUUUCACGCGCCGGCUCACGCGGUUCUCCCAAAAAGAGGCCGAGCGUGCUUGCUUCAAGCUCUUCGUUUGUCAGGUGACUGGAAGAAAAAAAACAGACAAUUCAACGUUGUAUAUUUAAGCAGCCAAAUGCUUCACCAAACCUUAUAAUAAUGAAAGUAGCGUAAUGCUAACGUAUAAUGUGAAACGCCACAGAUAGGCUAAUGGAAAUUAGCAUAGCUGUUACAAUAAUGCUAACCCUCCAAACAACUGCUACUUGAACACACACUGAGCAGCAACACAUACAAACAGAGCUUAUAACAAUACUCACAGGCAUCUUUGAUCUCACCUGUGUGUAAACAACAACUGUUACUGCAGCUUAGUAGGGCACCUUCUCCGCCUCUUGUUCUUGCCCGGCAUGUUGUGGCACAACGAGGUACUGCACUGAAGAUGCGCAACUCUAAAUUCAUGCUUGAAUGUACGCUGCAAAAACAUUUAAAAAAAAACAAAAACACAUAGAAAAACCAGUGAUAUAGCGAGGGCUGACUUUGAUAUUUUUUAAUACAAAAAAAAAAAAAAAAACACGGAAACGUUCCGAAAGAAGCAUGCACUUGUUGAGUCAUUCUGCAAAAUUGUUGCGCGGGAGCGCUAUAUCCCCUCGGUAGCGGUCGGGGAGUGCCGAAUCGCUACGACGGGAUUUUGGCCGGCCAUUUUAACGGAACCCUCAAAAUCCCGAUCUAGCGAGGAGGGUUAGCCUCUUCGCAGAGGUGGCCAAAGUACUCCCACUUUGGACAGUGGGAGUAGCAGUACUGAUUUAACUCCAUACAAUUCAGAUGUAAACGUUCCACGACUUUUUUUUCAGACCGAGUACGAGUACAAUGUCUUACAUUUGAGUACUUGCCGAUACCAAUAUUUACGGAUAUUUCAUGAAAAUGUUUUAUUUUCAUCCAAUAUUGUGCACAGAAAUAAAUCUGGAUUUUUUUGAGGCCCGUGCCAAUUCUGAUAUUUGGCAGAACAAAAUUCCGAUAAUCGAUGAAUUGGACGACGAAUAAAAAAAUACAUUAUGAAUAAAAUCAUUUCUUUAUUUAUUGGUCCCUUAACGCUUACAAGAAUAAAGAUAUCUAUUACAGCCAGAAGGUUUGAAUGUUUGUUUCGUUUUGUUUGACUUUGUACUUAAGUAUUUGUUUCAUCUAUGACAGAGAAUUUUUCAAAUAUUUGUUUGAAUGUCUUUGUCUUGUGUUGGAAUGUGUUGAUUUGUAAAAAAAAUAAAAAAUCAAUGUGCCAAUUUAUGCCCAUUUGGCCAAGUGUGGUAUGCGGGCUCCCUCUGGUGGUAGGCGAAAGGAUCACUGAAUGAAAUGCUCAAACAUGUUUGGAAAGUGCAGUACAUUACAUUUGUUCAGUUGUAUUUCACUUUUAAGAACAAUACAUUUGCAUUUCAUUAUUUCAAAUUAUAUAUUUCCAACAUUUAUUUUGUGGUUUUUUUCAGUUGAUUCUUUAUCGACGCAAUUCAUUUGAAAUGUUUUUCUACUUUCCUAUAUUAAUGCGACAGUGGUUGGCGAAAGGAAUGAAAUCAACUUUUUAGGACUAAAACCUGUGCCUUGUUUUUGCCGAACACUUGGGCCGACUACGCCACUGUAUUCGAAUUUCGGUCAAUAUGGCGGUACUUGGACGACCGAUCAUUUUUUGACGAGAUCGUCUUCGAUCAGGCGGACAGGAGCCCCGACGGCGAGUCGCCGCCGCCCCCGAGCGCCCUCGCACCGCUGGGACCGGACCCCGGGCCCAGAGGUUCCCCACCGCUGGAGCGCGAAGCCGUGCCUUGCGAUGCCUCAGCCCAGCGCGAAUGGGAUGGAGCCUCCCUUUGGGGACGACUUUCAGCACUUCUCCUUUGCCGACCAGGCGCUGACCAGCACCGAGCUGCUGGCCAACACCUCCGACCCCGACUUCAUGUACGAGCCGGACAGAGACACGGGUCACCGACAGACCCCGUACGGCGACGGCGCGGCGGGCGUGGCCCACGGCGCCAAGGAUCGCGACGCGGGCGCCGAACAGCAGCCGACGAUGGCGCUCAGCGAGUGCGACGCGGCGCACGCCGGCUCGGCGUUUGAGCAGUGGGACCCGUACUGGGAGGACCUCACCAGGUACACGCGUCUGACCAGCUGCGACAUCUGGGGCACGAAGGAGGUGGACUUCCUGGGCUUGGACGACUUCUCCAGCCCGUACCAGGACGAGGAAGUGAUCGGCCGGACGCCCACGCUGGCCCAGCUCAACAGCGAGGACUCCCAGCCCGUGUGCGAGGCCCUCUACCCCCCCGCGGAGCCGACCCCGCCCGGCCCCCAGCCGCCACCGGCCCCCGCCGAGCGAGCGCCGCUCCCGGGUUGGGGCGCCGGCCUCGCCCGGCCCUCGGCCAGCUGCGCCUCCUCGUCGCGCCCCUCCCGGAGCCUCCUCCCGGACUUCCCGGAGGGCUUCCAGAAGGCCACCCGGCCGGUCCCCUCCAGCACCGAGACCAUGACCAAGACUCAGGCGCAACCGCGUGCCGCCCGGGACCCGGUACGGGCUUCCGAGACGGCGGCUCCGUCGGCCAACUUUGACUUUGUGCGGAAGGCCAAAAUCCGCCUGAGCGCUCACAGAGCUCGGGCGGACUCCCCUUCGCUGACCCGCUCGGAGAGGGCGGACGCCCCCCCGCCCCUGCGGCGCGACGCGGCCGCCUCGACGGCGCCGCACGCCGGCUGCGGCUUCGGCGCCGGGAAGUCCGCCGUCGCGCCUCCGCCCGAAGAUGUUCGCGCCGCCCCGGAGGGCGGGGCCCCGGGGCCGAGGAGCGCCGGCGGCCCGGGCGAAGAGGACAAGAGCAAAGAGGAAGAGCACAACUACUCGUUGUUCCUCACGCAAAGCCGCCAGGCCACCAGGAGCCUCUCGCAGCUGGAUGACGACGAGGAAGAGGAGGAGGACGAGGAGGAGGACGAGGAGGAAGACGAGGAGGAGGACGAGGAAGGCGACGAGGGCGACGGGGCGGAGCUGGACGACGAAGACCGCGACGAAGGCUUCGGGAGCGAGCGCGAGCUGUCCGACAACGAGGAAGAAGAGGAGGACGAGGAUGAAGACUACGAGGCCGACAAGGACGACGACAUGAGCGACGCCUUCUCCGAGCACGAAUUCUUUGUGUCCUCUUCCUCGUGUCCUCUUCUCGCCCACGUCGUCUUCUCCUCCUCCUCCUCCUCGCCGGCAGGCGGCGACGCGUCCCUCCCGGAGGACGCGAAGGGCUCGACGGCGGGCGCGUCGAGCCGCAAGCGAGGCAAGCGUCGCUACUUCUGGGAGUACAGCGAGCAGCUGACGCCAUCCAAGCAGGAGCGCCUGCUGAAACCUUGCGAGUGGGACCGCCACACUCUGCCCAGCAACUUGUACCAGAAGAACGGACCCCUGCACGGAAAGUACACACUGAAGAAGUCUCGGCGGACCGACGUGGAGGACUUGACCCCCAACCCCAGGAAGCUCCUGCAGAUCGGCACCGAGCUCCGAAAGCUCAACAAGGUGAUCGGAGACCUGACGCCCGUCAGCGAGCUGCCGCUCACCGCCAGGCCGUGGUCGCGCAAGGAAAAGAACAAGCUGGCGUCCAGGGCGUGCCGUCUGAAGAAGAAGGCGCAGUAUGAAGCCAACAAGGUGAAGCUGUGGGGACUCGGCACCGAGUACGAUCGGCUGCUGUUCGUCAUCAACGCCAUCAAGGAGGAGAUCGUGACCCGCGCCGACGACUCGAACCCCGGCGCCGGCGGCGUGAGCGACACGCUGGACAGAAUCAUCCAGGACAAGCUCGUGUCGCCGCCUGUCGCCGGGCAGACUUCAGACUUCGUCAACAAGAUCUUGGAGAACACGGGAUGCGGCGACCCCACCGGCGGGCUGGUGGGCCUGCGGGUGCCCACCUCCAAAAUGUAGACGGGCGGGCGCUCGGGAGGCCGCCCCUCUGCCCCCCUUAUAACCACGCCCCCUUUGCAUGCCCCUCACGCCCGACGUCCACGCACCUGUGUCGACGCACGCCCGGCUUCCCGCCCCGCCCCGUCUUACGGCGCCCCUCUCGGGCCGGCCGCGAUGUGACAGCGCGGAGUCCCGUCGCCCGUCGCCCGCCGCCCGCCGCCAGCGGAACAGGAAGUAGUUUGGUGCUAGUUGUACGUGGGCGGGGCGAAUCGGGCGUUGGACUGCGAGGAGGAAGAUGAAGAUGAAGCCGGCUCGGCCCCCUUCUUGUACAGUAGACGUGAGUGGGUUCAUGCUAGUGUUACGAGUGAUCCGAAUCUAUUCAUUGUGCCUUGUGUGUGCGUGCGUGACGGCGGGAGAAAUAUUUGUGCGUGCGUGGAAAGACGUGAUGUGUUCGAAGAUCUUGUAAAUGUGCGUAAAUAUGAGAGCUCUGCUUGCGCGAUGCCACAGAGUCACUGUAUGUGCGUAUGCGUGUGAGUGCGCGUGUGUGCGUGUGGGAGGCCUCUGCAAUAGAUGACCGUUGCGUGUCGGUACUCUCCGGGUGGGCGAGGCCGAGAGCUCGUUUUGCGUUACAAACGAAAUAUUUGCACACUCUUAAUCUAUUUUCAUUGAUUGUUUUUGUACCAAAGACAUGCAACAAAAUGGCGAGCUAGCCAGGCAACGUAAGGUUUUGCACAGCUUACAUGAUGCCGUAUUGAAUGUAGAUGUGGGGGGAGGGGGCAUGGGGGGGUCUGAGGGACCCCAAUGGAACUGUGAAGCUCGUUGGGUCCACAAAUGGAACAUUUCCUUUUUCAGUCCACGUUACGAGCUAACUGUGCGAAGUGCGCUCGCUAGAUAAGCUACCUUUUUAUUUGGAAACGUCACCCGCACGAGAAGCAAAACACUCCCCGCCCCGCCCGUGUUAUGUCCUGGACUUAGUCGUCAAAAAUUGCGGCGCUCCCGCUUCAAGCGAGCGUGUCACCUUCCGAGGUGGAAAGCUGGACGUGCGCUGGCGGGUAAACGGACCAAAGGAAAGGAAAAGGCCGCUGCUUCCCUCGAUUAGUUUUUACAGUUGGAAAGGCGCGAACCGCAUCUUGAGUAGGCUUUCUCCAACUUUUUAGGUCCAGGGGACCCCCCUCAGGAUCCAAACGCCAAUUAAAAGGUAAAGGCCAGAGGAGUUAAGAAGCCGUAACGUUUACGAUUCCAAAUCAUGUUUUGAGAGGAAAAAAGUUGUAAUACAUGGAGUCAUAUUCCACGCUUGGGAAUAUUCUCGUCCGUGCAAGUCAUUUCAUUCUCAGGGCAUUGAAGCGCUCGCAACUGGACUCUUCGCUUUUUCCACAAAGUCCAAAUGGAUGCUUGUAUCGCAAAUCAUCUUUCCCCACCGAAAUGAAUCAAAUGCACUUAAUGCGUUCCAGCCCGCUGCAACAAACAACCCAAAUUCAUUUUGACCAGGUUUCAAAAACACCAAAAAGUCAGAGUACUAAUCAUGAAUAACCUAGAAAAUAAGUCAUCAUUUUAGAGGAAAAAAAGAAUGUCCUUGGAAACACACAAAAAAAAAAAAAAGUCAGAAUGUUACAUGAAAAAAACAAAUUGAAGUUGCAGUAAUAUUUGGAGAAAAAAGCGACAGAAAUCUAAAUGUUCUAAUAAGAAAGAACACGCGCGUAACUCAAAUCAGCUUUCCCUGUAGAAAUGAAUGAAAUGCAAGUAAUCCGUUGCAGACCCCCAAAAUUUCUUUCGAAAAAUUGCACUUAAAAGUAUUGGAAAAGUCGGACUUGGCGCCGAGUACGUCCAGCUUUCACGUCUCCUUUGCAUUGGAAAAGAAAACCCAAGAAGUUGUGCUUCUAUUUUUGUACUUUUGCUUGCUCGCCGGCGUUGAAGGUUUUGACUUCAUGGCGAGCGGCAGCAAACGCGGACAUUCCCGCAGAUUUCAACAUGCGCAGAAGCAUCGAGUUGACGUUCCGGAAUGUUGUUUUUCUGCCACAAAAGUCUGCUUAAAGAGCAGAUUGUGCUACACGUACAUACAUACAUAUUAAAUAUAUAAAUCUUUUAUAUUUCUACCGAUGUGGUUCCGUCUAAAGAAGGGAGAACUUGGUGCUCUUUGGAAUGAUGAUCCAAGAUUCUUAUUUGACUCGCUUUCCACUCCCGUCCAUUUCCACUUUUGUAAAUAGUCAAAAA